GCCCACAAUAUCAGUCUCUCCGGUGCGCAUCGUCGAAACGGAAGGAAAAUCGUUUUUAAUUCCCUGUGAUCUGUGUUUCGUGUUGAACUCGAGUUUUUAUUUCGUUGUUAUCUUUUCAAUUUCACUUGAAUGUGCAAUUGCCGACGCUAAAAAUACGUACUACAAACAAGAAAUAAAGAGUAUCGUCUGACGCUCAGUUUAAAUAAUAUAAAAUAAAAGAAAAACGCCACGUUCUCGCGUUCUAAAAAACUCUCCCAUAAAAAAACACUCAAACAGCACAUUACAUAUAUCCGACCACGCUGUAUAAUUAGUUACUUGCCGCUGAUAUUUCAAAUAAGCCGCAUAGCAACAAUAAUACCAAACAUUUCAAUGAUCUGAAGUGACACAACUUUUUUUUAAUCGAAAUAAACGUGCGUGUUGUUCUCAAGAGCCGCUAAUAAACCAAUCUUUAUAGAGAGUGAAAUCCGGAAAAAUUUUUAUACACCCAACUCAGUGCGUUUCCAAUGUAGCCCUUCAUGGAUAAUUAACACGAAAGCGUUGUGUGACUAUAUAGCAAAAUCGUGUUAAAGCUAAAUUUCGCAGUGGCUAAAAGCGAUCCAACAAAUAGUGCCCCUCAAUCAUAUCAACACCCCUGCGAAUUUCUCUCAUCUGUCACCGCGGAAUUUGCCUGAGUCACGAGCCAUUUCAAUUUUCCGUUCUUCAAAUGGGUUGACUUGUGAUAUUGCAGCUUCCUGGACCCGGGAAACAAAAGGGAUACAACUUGAACCUCAAAAGACAUAGCCAAGUUCCAUAAAAACAAAAUAGAAAUUCAUCGCUAAACCACCACCGAAAUCAUUUAAAGUCAAUAGUUAGUAUAAAUAACUAUCUGGAUACCGUUGGAAUCUCUGCUUGAAAGCAGCGCAACACCCAUGAACCACUCGGCCAAGGCGCUCAACAGCGUGGCCACCAAGAUCAGCACCUUCUGCUCCUCCAGCACCUGCACCAUCCAACCACAGAACCACCUGCACACUGGCCACCUGAUUGCCCAACGUCUUGGACACUCCUACGCGGCUCGUGCCGAUCACAAUUAUUUGGGAUAAAAUCUA